CCCGCGACAACAUUUAUAUUUAAUGGUAAUUUUUGAAUUGACAACUAGACUUACUUGUAAAUGCACAUUGUCUUAACAACUGCGAUGGACUCAAAUUAUGCGCAAUUAUACGAAUUGAGCAAGGACCGUCACUUGGGCAAUCGGGUAAUUUACGGUCAGCACUUGCACCUGACGGCCAGAAUGGAUCGGACUAAUAUUGUGAGGUUCUGGCUGUGCAUUGGCGUUAGCCUAGUCACUGCUAAAGAGCUUAAAAUAACCUUUUGGAUCGAGCCAGUACAGCGAGCAGAGUUUGACACCGAUAUUGCCGCUGUUCUUAAGGAGCUGGAAACAUUGCAGUUGGAUACGCGAAUCAGCGAUGCGGUGGUGCAACUAAGUCGCACCGACGACCAACAGGACAUGGACAGCUUCUGUGAGAUUCUGGGUAGCGUGGGCAGUUCGGUGAUUAUCGAUCUGAGUUACAGUCGCUGGUCGCACGGCUACGGGCUGGCUCAUACACAUGGCGUUGCUUACGUGCGUUUCGACCGGAUAAUGCGCCCCUUUCUUGACAUGUUUGCCGAUUUUAUGCGCCAGAAGCGGGCCAAUAAUGUGGUCAUGAUUUUUCAAAAUGCCCGCGACACCAUGGAGGCCAUGAAGCAGCUAUUGACCGGUUAUCCAUUCCGCGCUCUUAUUCUGGAUGCCAGUGAUAUGCAAUCGGAGGACUUUGUUGAGCGGCUGGUUCGACUGAGGCCCACUCCCAAUUACUAUGCCAUAUUUGCCCGCGGCGCUGCUAUGAAUGGAAUUUUUGAGCGCGUCAAUAUGGGUAACCUUUUCCAGCGGCCCACCGAAUGGCAUUUCGUUUUUCUCGAUACCAGAGAUCGCGUUUUCAAAUACAAACAACAGGUGGAAUUUUCUACGCGAUUCACCUUGAAUGCACGCGCCAUUUGUCGAUCGAUGCAGAUGCGAGACCUUUACUGCGGUAGUGGAUUCACGGUAAGCCUUAAAAAGAUAAUUUUGCUUCGCUUGCUGAUGGAAAGAAGAAAGAAGAUAUGCAAC